GACAUGUGAAGUCACUUCUGUGAAGAAUUAGUCUCUGUAGAAUUGUGUCAAACAAGAUAUCUCCUUCAUAGUAUUUGUAGAAAUUCGUAGUCCAUCCUCAGCCUCUCUGGGUGACUGCAGAAGACAUAGAAUUGUGGCAUCACAGCAGAUUGGAAGUUGAGCAAGUUGAGGACUAUGUCUGAAUGUAUCCAGCUCUCAUUUGCUGUUUGUAGAAUUGGCAUUUACACGUGUUUUAGAGCCCUUUGCUGCAAGGGACCGCCACCACCACGACCCGAGUAUGACUUGGUUUGCAUAGGCCUCUCUGGUUCUGGCAAGACAACUCUUCUGUCUCAGCUCUGCAGCGAAAGCCCGGAGAAUAUUGUGUCUACCACAGGUUUUAGUAUCAAAGCAGUGCCAUUCCAGAACGCAAUUUUGAAUGUGAAAGAACUUGGAGGAGCUGACAAUAUCAGGAAAUACUGGAGUCGUUACUACCAAGGAUCCCAAGGGGUAAUAUUUGUACUAGACAGCGCCUCCUCUGAAGAUGAUCUAGAAACUGCUAGGAACGAGCUACAUUCUGCUCUCCAGCACCCACAGUUAUGUACUUUGCCAUUUUUAAUAUUGGCCAAUCACCAAGACAAGCCAGCAGCUCGCUCAGUACAAGAGUGACCCACAGUAAAGGAAGAUUAUACAGGAAAUGCUGGAAAAUAAUGUUUUCCUCUUGCUUAAAAAUGAGUGUUCUGUAGUACGCAUGCAAUUACUUUUGCUGGACUUGGGAGGGAGAUAGGAAAGAGGCAUUUAUUUUCACUAUGUGCUUUGAAAAUUUAGUGUCUUUGUUGACUUCCAAGCAAAAAAAGGAGAGAAAAUGUCAUUCAAAGAGAAGGAAUUGGCUGCACUUGCAGAACUAAACACAAUGACUGUAAAGACAGAGCACAGUCUCUAUAGAUAAAAAGUAAAUUGAUUAGAGAAAGUUUAAAAUGCUUUCAGAUACUAAUCUAUAUGCAUAUUUUUGUAAAUAUUUUUCAUAAAUAUUUGUAUGCUUACAAGUGUUUAUAUGGUAUUCAGUAAAGACUGUUAGAGAAGAGCACAGCUUUUUACAGUCUUUCUGAAACCCUUUUUGCUUGGUAAAAAGUUGGUGUGCUUUAAUAGAGAAUUAAAUGAAAUUCUGAGGCCUGUUAGAUACAAAUCUGACCACACAAUCAUUGCAACCCUUUUGAGCCCCUAUGUCUGUGAUAUUGCUGUUCUGGGGAAUUCUUGAAUGCUCAAAAAUUUAAUUACCAUUAGUGACAUCUUACAUGAACAAGAGAAGAUGUUUCUUUCAGAAUUACUAACUAUUACAAAUGGAACAAAAUAGUGGCUAUAUAACUACUUUCCAAAUAUAACUCUACUGUUUUAGCAAAAACAGUCUCAGGAUCAGUUGAAAAAGAAUGGAAAAGUAUUUAAUAAUGAAUUGGAUAAAGUUUGUGAAAUGUCUUUGACAAUAAAAGUGAUUUAGUGUGUGUUUUUCUUUCAAACACCCAUCUUAUAUGUAUAUAUAUGUAUGGAUAUGUAUUAGAAUGAAAUCUUGAGUUCAAUAAUACAAGCUGCUGGUUUUUAAAAGCUGAGGACUUAUCCUUCUGUUUUUCUUUUCAAUGCUAAAAUAAGUUUUCUGAUAAAAGGCAAGUUAAAUAUACUGUGAACCUUGUAUUUAGCAAGGAAAAAUCAUAUUCUGUAGUUGAACUGCAUAAUUUAUAUUUGGUACUCAAUAUAAAAAAAGUAAAUUGUAGAAGGGUUUUUCAAGUUGAUUAUGAUCACAUAAUCUUUAUUCCAUUACAGUAGGUAUGCAGUGUAUGAAAUUAAUUUCUGGCCACAGUCCAUUCUGCAGGAAUUAGACACUUACUCUCAUGGGAAAUCAUGAUGAGCUUGUUUAUUGGUCAUGUCAGGGAAGUUCAGCAAUAACCACAGCAGGAGAAAAAUCUAUCCAUUUUAUAUCUAUGUAAGUAUUUCAAAUUAGAUUUUAAUUAUGUUCCACAAAAGUAGAAAAUUUUCAGCUGCACGAGUGCUACCUGUGCUGUGACACAGCACAUGUUAUUAUUGUCCGUAAUUACCAAUGCCCUGAAGACCUUGCUGGUAAUAUGUGCAUGCAGUUUCUUAAAACCUGCAUCAAAUAGAAGGUGUUCAGAGCUUAGCCUGAGCGCUAGAGGCUUUCUGUUCCUUAUCAAACUCGACAUUUCUGAAGAUUCCUGGGCAGAAUUUCCCUUGAAUAUGAGCUGCAGCAUGAGGGAAAGCUAACCUGAAAAUUGAGGUAUCACUGGCCCAUCCGAGGUUGAUUUUCUUUAGAUGUUUUAGCGUAAAAGUCCUAUGAGUGAAAACAAACCAUAAACCUCUGGAGAUGGAAAUGCUGGCAUGUAAGAAUUCAUGAAACAAAGAUGCCUUCCCAAGUGACAGGAUGGGGAAAGGAUCAUCUUUGCAUCAGUGUCCUGGAUGUUACUGAAACAAUGCUACAAUUGUCAAAGGCCAGGAAGGAAACACUACUGUAAGGUGUGAUUUAAUUACUUCCUAUCCAUUCUCAGUUUUGAACUAAUUUUUUUUUUUACCCUGGGAUUCUUUCAAGCCAUUUUGCUCCUGGAAAAAUCUUGGAUGCUCUCUGGGUGGUGGAAGAUAAAAAUCAAAGAUUGUUUUGAGCUUGAUUGCUGGACAGGACACUGCUGCUUUUGCAAAUGGAAUGAGCUAGAGAGGAGUAACAGGAGGAAGGGGAGGGGAUUGCCAACAAGUCUCAUGCACUUCUUUCUCUAACUUCCCAAGACUUUUCUGUCAGUAAAGCAGAUGAGCUGAGUAGAGAGCAUUCUGAGGUUCAAACAAAACUGAAGAAUGGAAUGGAGUUCUGAAAAUUCAGAAGUAGUGAAGGGCCCCACAGUUCAAGGAUGAUGAGGAUGCAGUACUAUGAGUUUUUACUUAAAGAAAAUUGGAGCCAUUGAAGGCCUUCUUCUAUAGCAAUAUAGGCUGAGAACAGUGUCCAUUAUUUCCUCAGAAACCACUUCUGUUCAGUGCAUAAUGACAUUUGGUUCAAAAAGAGGAAACCUUUUUCCCAUCCGCUUCUUGCAGUGAUUCAGCACCAGAUGCCGACAUGCUUCUGAAGAAACAUGAAUUAUCCACUCUAGCAUCUGGGAACAAUCGUCUUCAUAAGACUAGAAGCAGGGUUUUAAAUAUAACGACAUUAUUCUAAUGAUGAUUUGUUGAUACUGCAGCAUAUCAUUAGUCAUGCUGGAAUCUUUAUAAGAAUAAAUGUUUUCUCAAAAUAGUUUAAAUGUUUAGAAAAUCUAUUACAGCAGUCAGACAUGAAACAGUAACUUCUGUUAGAAUCUGAACAGCCUGAAAUUUUGAGUUAGUCUAGAAAAGAACUUUGUGAAGAAUGAAACAAAUUAACUAGAUAAUUUAUUAA